GGAUGUUGGUGGGAUGGGGGCUUGGGGCGAGGGGGAGGGGGGGUAUGUGGUCAAGGUGGUUGCUGCGGGUGGGAAGAGGGCGAAGUGGGGGAAGAUGGGUGCGAAGGUGGUGACGGAGGAGGAAGGGUCGGUGGAGGAGGCGGCUUCGGAGGCGGCUUCGGAGGCUGCUUCGGAGGCUGCUUUGUCGGAGGCGGGGUCGGAUUCGGAGGAUGACUACGACUUUGUUCACGACUUCUCGCUCGAGGAGGCCGAGGGGUGGGUGCCGGUGAUGGUGGCGGAGGAGGAUCAGGGAGACGAUUGGAUGUCGCUGACGGGUUCUUGGAUCAAGAUGGGGGACGUCGGCGAUGUCAAGAAGACACAGGAGAAGACCCAGGAGAGAGUGGUCGCUGGCUAACUGCUUGUUUGGGUUAAUUAGCAGAGUUCAAAAGUGCUCGAGAUCUCACCCGUCUAAAAGUCAAGAUCACGGAUGGGGUUUGGAUGAGUUGUUGAGAAGCACAAGUUGAGAGUUGACAAAAUAAGAUGAAUCGAAUUAAUUGGCUCCAAUAAAUCCAAGGCGUGGUUGUUGGCGGUUCGCGAGCUGAGUCGCGAGCAGAGGGAAACCAGGCAGCAGGAUGACAGGCUUCAGUGCGGACUGUGUUGACGUUCUUUCCCGCAAGUCUUCAACCGCGACCACCAAAACCAGGCCGGUAGCUCAACGGUCUGGUUACUACCCGCGGUGGUCCCGCCCACGGGCAGCUAAUUCACCACCAUCGGUAACCUGAAUUUUAGCAGACUGG